AUGGAUCUGUUUCGACCUAAUGACAGUUUUAUUCAAAAUUGUCAGCUGAAUUUACUGGAAAAUACAGAUAUCACCAGAUUACUCCUUGUCGGCUUUAUCGGAACAUCCGUCGCUGUUAUAUCAAUUCUCUGUAAUUUUCUUCUCCUUUACGUCUUUUCCACCUCCAGACGAUUAAGACGACAGAAUUAUGCUAAUCCCGUUGUACUUGCUCUGUUUGACAUAAUUGUCUCAGCGUCAUACAUUCUCUUAUUCUCUGUAAAUGUUAUUGCAUACCACUUCCGGAUAGGAAUCCUCAUAACUAUCUGGACGGUUUACGUCAAAUACAUCUAUGUAAUCAAGCAUAUUUGUGAAUCUAUUUGUAACUUUUUGCUUGUUGUAGCAAGUAUUGAACGGCUUUUCGCUAAUUGUCCUCAAGGGACGCAGAAAAGUAUUUUGGUUUUUAUGGUUCGAAAAAAAGUUUCAGUCUUUAUCUCAUUAUUAAUCACUGCAACAAUAAUCAAGGGGACUCUGUUUUUUGAAACUUCAAUUGCUCAUCUAGUGAACUGUCCAUUAAUGGAAAGAUAUAUUCCCAUACAGAAUAGCAUCGUUGAUGACUUUUCUGCUUAUCGUUUUUGGGGUCGGAAAUCUAUUACUGUUAUUAUACCGUUUAUUAUGUUAAUAUACUGUAAUGUGCGAAUCGUCUCACAGCUCAAGAUAAGGAGGCGAGAGGAGUAUGAACAAUCAAUUAAGAAACGAUCUCUGAGAGGGAGUGUGACAUCCGCAUCCAUUCGCAAGCAUUAUAAUGACAAAAAAGGUGUUCGGGUAGCUACAAGGACACUCGUACUCGUCGUUGGUUGUUAUUUGUUCUCCAACUCCUUAUCGACCAUUGUCAAUUUUUGGGAAUAUUCAAAUUUGAAGACUGUUGAAAUUAAUUAUUAUUCAUUUCUUAUUUUGUCAGAUGUUGCUCUUUUGUUAACUAUAUUUGGAUGUGCUUUGAGAUUGUUCAUAUACUGUGCGUCGGAUGGCCGAAUACGAAAAGCUACAGGAAGAGCAUUCUUUCGAUGGCGAUAUAAAGCUUUACCAAUGGAGGUCCAGCAAAAUCAGCUUGAUCGUUGGAGUAUUGUAGUCGUUUCCAACAGCUUGAGAAGCAAUUUAACAAAUAUGAAUGGCAUGUUUGCUAGCCAGGAUUGGUUAUGUGGACGAUCUAAACGAGCCAAAGACGAAUUGGCAUUUCUGCUUCAAAAUCGCAGAAAAAUAUUGGUUGAUAUGACUUUCCGUCUAUCAAUCGACCCUAAAAGUCAUCACAACGACGAGCAUGAAACAGCUGAAGAUUGGCUGACAGACAUUCAAGAAGAAGAUACUCACUAUGAACGAAAUUCUAGUCAAUUUCGAUCUCUACAAGCCCACAUAUAG